CUAGGCUUCUUCUCCCUGAACCACUCUGACUGCUGGUCCUCUUUUUUUCAUCCUUGCUUCGAUGGUCUGAACGGAGAGCUGGCUCACGCCUUCCUGCCCCCCCGCGGAGAGAUCCACUUCGACAACCAGGAGUUCUGGAUCCUGGGCAAGUCCCGGUUCAGCUGGAGGCAAGGUGUGUGGCUGAACGACCUGGUGCAGGUAGCAGCUCAUGAGAUUGGUCACGCUCUGGGGCUGUGGCACUCCAGAGACCCACAGGCUCUGAUGCACCCGAACGCCACGUCCACCGGGCAGAGGAACGUGGCUCAGGACGACGUGUGGGGCAUCCGGAGGCUCUACGGCUGUCUGGAUAAGAAGAGGGUGUGUGAGCCGUGGGCUCGGCUGGGUUUCUGCGAGCGGCGGAAGACGUUCAUGAAGAAGAACUGUCCUCAGCGCUGUGACCUGUGCUACGAGCCAGUGGAGGAAGUUUCCACGCCGGCGCCGCCCGCCAACGUGAAGAUUAAAAUGGUUCCCCGAGGGAAGGUGGUGGGUUUCCGCUGUGGAAACAAAAACCUCCGAACUCCACCCAAAGUCAGCUGGUACAAAGACAACGAGCAGAUCCUGUCAUCUGUCCCCGGCUACAUCGUGAUGAAGGACCGAGACCUCCGCAUUGUGGCUAACGAGUUUAACGAGGGCGUGUACACCUGCCGGAUCCACCGGCGCGGCGAAGUGGUCUCAGCCAACUCCUGGUUAAUCCGGCUGAAACCAGAGCAGCCGUCCAACAGCUGAGGACGUCCGGGGGACGGAGGACAAAACAAUGAGACAUCAGAAGAGCAGAAAAUCACAUUCUGUCCCAGAGGGGGGUCUGGACCUCUGCAGGUGUGCUCUGUGGGGACAGGACCUCAUUCACCUGUAGAAAGACACGUGUGAUGUCCUUAUAAGCCCUGUGUCCUCUGAAGGUCCUGGUAGGACGUAAUGUGUCUGCUGUCGUCUCCUCUCAGCAGUUUGUGACGGACCUUCACCGGUUGGACGUCGUGUCCUCGCUAACCCUCUCAGAGACAUCAUGUCCAAGACAUCAUCCUUUCUAACAUCUCGUUGAGACAUCGUGUCCUCCCUAACAUCUCGUUGAGACGUCGUGUCCUCUCUAACCUCUCGUUGAGACGUCGUGUCCUCCCUAACAUCUCGUUGAGACGUCGUGUCCUCUCUAACCUCUCGUUGAGACAUUGUGUCCUCUCUAACCUCUCGUUGAGACGUCGUGCCUCCAUAACAUCUCGUUGAGACGUCGUGUCCUCUCUAACCUCUCGUUGAGACAUUGUGUCCUCUCUAACCUCUCGUUGAGACGUCGUGUCCUCUCUAACCUCUCGUUGAGACAUCGUGUCCUCUCUAACCUCUCGUUUGAGACAUCGUGUCCUCUCUAACCUCGUUGAGACGUCGUGUCCUCCCUAAUCUCUCGUUGAGACGUCGUGUCCUCUCUAACCUCCUCGUUGAGACGUCGUGUCCUCCCUAACCUCUCGUUGAGACGUCGUGUCCUCUCUAACAUCUCGUUGAGACGUCGUGUCCUCUCUAACAUCUCGUUGAGACAUCGUGUCCUCUCUAACCUCUCGUUGAGACAUCGUGUCCUCUCUAACAUCUCGUUGAGACGUCGUGUCCUCUCUAACCUCUCGUUGAGACGUCGUGUCCUCUCUAACCUCUCGUUGAGACAUCGUGUCCUCUCUAACAUCUCGUUGAGACAUCGUGUCCUCUCUAACCUCUCGUUGAGACAUCGUGUCCUCUCUAACAUCUCGUUUGAGAC